AACAGGGUCUGUCAUUUCAAGCAGGGUCUCUGUCUCCUUCAGCUUCCUUCAUGUUUCAUCUUUAGCUUACACAGACACACACAUAUACAAACACUUAUAUAUUUGACAUAUAUAUACUGAGUUAAUUUGCGUGGUGGUGUCUGCUCGAGAUUUAAUUAAACAUGGCUGUUGUUGUGUCUAAUGCCAAUGCUCCGGCCUUUGAGGCCAAGAUGACUGUCUAUGUAUUCAUCUGCGUUAUGAUUGCCGCUGUCGGCGGUUUGAUCUUCGGUUACGACAUCGGAAUUUCCGGUGGAGUAAGUGCAAUGGACGAUUUCCUGAAGGAAUUUUUCCCAGCGGUGUGGGAGAGGAAGAAGCACGUACACGAGAACAACUACUGCAAGUACGAUAACCAGUUCUUGCAACUGUUCACCUCGUCUCUUUACCUAGCUGCACUCGUGGCCAGUUUCGUCGCGUCCGCCACCUGUUCUAAACUUGGACGCAGGCCGACGAUGCAGUUUGCUUCUAUCUUCUUCUUGAUUGGUGUCGGUCUCACUGCAGGAGCCGUUAACCUCGUCAUGUUGAUCAUUGGAAGACUCUUUCUUGGCUUUGGUGUUGGAUUUGGCAAUCAGGCAGUGCCUCUUUUCCUGUCUGAGAUUGCUCCAGCACAGCUCCGAGGAGGUCUCAACAUUGUAUUCCAACUCAUGGUUACAAUCGGAAUCCUAAUUGCCAACAUUGUCAACUACUUCACUGCCACGGUUCACCCUUACGGAUGGAGGAUUGCUCUCGGUGGAGCUGGAAUUCCCGCUGUUAUCCUCCUCUUCGGUUCACUACUUAUCAUUGAGACUCCCACAAGUCUCAUCGAGCGCAACAAGAACGAAGAAGGAAAAGAAGCCCUAAGGAAGAUCAGAGGAGUUGAUGAUAUCAAUGACGAGUAUGAGUCUAUCGUCCAUGCAUGUGACAUCGCGAGUCAAGUCAAGGACCCUUACAGGAAACUGUUGAAGCCCGCGAGUCGCCCACCGUUCAUCAUCGGAAUGCUUCUCCAGCUUUUCCAACAAUUUACCGGAAUCAAUGCGAUUAUGUUCUAUGCGCCGGUCUUAUUCCAAACUGUUGGGUUCGGAAGCGACGCAGCCCUUCUCUCUGCGGUUAUCACCGGAUCGAUCAAUGUUCUCGCCACGUUCGUUGGGAUUUACCUCGUUGACAGAACCGGCAGGAGGUUCCUUCUUCUCCAAUCUUCCGUUCACAUGCUCAUCUGCCAGUUGAUCAUUGGAAUCAUCCUAGCAAAGGACUUGGGCGUAACGGGAACACUCGGGAGGCCACAAGCCCUAGUAGUGGUGAUCUUUGUGUGCGUUUACGUGAUGGGAUUUGCAUGGUCAUGGGGACCUUUGGGAUGGCUAAUUCCUAGCGAGACGUUUCCUCUAGAAACACGUAGCGCAGGAUUCGCUGUUGCAGUCUCAUGCAACAUGUUCUUCACUUUUGUAAUCGCUCAAGCCUUCCUAUCGAUGCUUUGCGGGAUGAGAUCUGGAAUAUUCUUCUUCUUCAGCGGUUGGAUCAUUGUGAUGGGACUGUUUGCGUUUUUCUUCAUACCAGAGACAAAAGGAAUCGCCAUUGAUGACAUGAGGGAGAGUGUGUGGAAGCCACAUUGGUUCUGGAAAAGGUAUAUGCUUCCAGAGGACGACCACCAUGACAUAGAGAAGAGAAAUGCUUGAAAACACGAGUCUGUUGAUUUGUGUCUUUUUCCCCUGUUUCUGUUUUUUUUUUUUUUUUUUGGGGGGGUAUUCUUUGAUUCUUUCGCACUUCUUUUGUUUCGUGGGAACGAAUAGUUCAAUAAGACCAACUUGUUGAUUCAGGUUAGGUAUUAUCAAUUAAAUUCCAUGGAAACAAAGUUUUUGAAAAUCACAUUCCUGA